AUGAAGUUAACACCGAUCAAGGUGAAAGGAAAAUUGGCUCACAAAAAGACAUGGAAACCACCCGAAAAGCCAGCCGCCCAGGCGUCGAAGAAGCGACAGUCGAAGAAGCGACAGCGAGACGCAGACGGGGACGACAUCCCUCAGCCACUUCAGAGGCGCUUCAAGUCAAGCAAGCCCGCUGCUGCUAUUGAGGAACUGCCCACCGAGAUUCUUGAACGCAUCAUAAUCAUGUCUCGGAAUCUCAACUUUCUACGCAGUAGCCUGCGAAUCGGCUAUCGUUUUUCUUCCCGGUCCUUCAUGAGUGAGCUCCUGGUAGCCGCCUUUGAGCCCACCUGGGAGAUGUGGCUGGGCUACCCCAAGAGCGAUGCCAUUCUUAGAUGCACCCGGGAGAGAGUGCGGUUCAACAAUAGGAUGCUCGAGGCAGUUAACUACCCGUUGCUGAAGCCAGAAUCAGUUCCCGGCGAUCCGGAUUUCCAGAGCUCAGUGCUCGCCUGCACAUGGGUGAAUACGGCGGUUAUCCUCGAGGCGCAGCAGAAAUGGUAUCGAAAGAAUGGCGGACCUGGCGACCUCCCUAGACAUUUAGACUCCCCCAUACCUCCAUCGGUUCGUCCUUCCUUAGGGAACGUGGACGACGUAGAUCUCUUGUUCCAACGGGACUGGGACGAGUUCAAGGCCUCCUGCGGAAUUAUCUUGAGCGUAGAAAUCAAAGGACUAUCCCCGUCCAUCGUUCAACCCACAACGCUAUCUUGGAGACCACGCUACAUGGAACUUCAUCCUCUGAUCAAGAUACCGGAGCGACUUAUCACGGGCCCAUUUGACUGGGAAGUGGCGAAGACGACGUUCUGGUUGGUUCGUGGGGGCGUCACCACAAAAUUGGACCAGGCGUGGUCGUGGGAGGUUACCAAGAGGGGAUUCGAUAUCAUCAUUACCCUAAGCGACAAGGAGCUUAUGGUGACAUUAUUGCUCCUAUGGGCGGAGUUGGAGUGCUUCAGAAACUGGCCGCCGUUCCUGUGGAAGUCCGUCUUGGAGGAGGCUGUCGCGCAGUUGGACUAUGCCUACCACGACGAUGAUCGGAAUUUUUGGCGGGCACUUUCUCUACUGCGACGGCGAUGA